UUAAUGGUUAGGUUUUGAUUUAAUCUUAUUUUGAUAAGUAGGUAUACAUGAAUCAUAUUUACAUGUUCUAUAAUUUACAGUUACAAAUAGUGAUUAUAUAUUUGUGUCCACUGGAGGAUUGUCUUUGAUCAGUUCCUUAAACUCAUUUGCUUGGCCUAGAACUGACAAACACAGAAAGCAGAGCUCAGAGAUCCUGCUUUCUGCCAAGAUCGCCUUGUGUGUAUUAUCAUGUGAAUCCAAGACAAACUCCUGGGGAGGUCUCUACCAGUGAGGGGUCAACAGCAGUAGACAUGAGGCCCAUAAUGGUUUGGGGUUAAAGGUUAACUUAAACCUCAUUAUGAGCAGCCCCCACCUGGCUCAACUUCCUGAAUUUGUUCGUCAUUCACCCCAUGCAACGUCUGUGAUCAACGCAUGAACUCUGAAUUGUGAAACAACUGGAACUUUGGAGCAGCGCCCCUUUCACUGUUCCUCAUCAUGUGCCUUCCUUUUUUUCCCCUUUCCCCUGACUGUCCCCCCUCCUCCCCCUGCCAACUCCCCCCAACUCUGAGCUCCUCCUUUGCUGAAAAGACACAUUUCCUGAUGUCAUUACUAAAUCAAAAUGCUGCUCAGCAAACAGAUGUUGUGAGAGGCCCAACAUGUGGAUUUAGUGACAUAAAUUAGUUGGUCGUGAGAAAACAUGAACCAUACAUUUCAUUUUUCAUUCAAUCAAUGAAACCACCUCUCUCACACUGCUCUUUAAAGUGGUGAGUGGUGACAGUAAGAAACUACCUUACAGAUGUGUCACACUCAUGAGCUCCCCAUUACAUGAAAAACUAAAGUUUCCCACACUUUUGUUUCCUUAGUAGUGUGUAUAAAGAUAGAUUGCCUCUUAAACAGCUGGUCAGACCUGACUAAUAACUUCUUCCAGGUUUGGUCAAAUUAACCUAAAUAUGAAAUCAUGGCUGUCUGCGCAGCACACCCUGCAGAGUCAUGAUUACAUCCACCCCAAAAUGCUAAGCCCUAAAUGUUUACUUAUGUUUCCUAUUUGGCAGAGGCAGCCCAAAAGGCAAAUAAAUCACAUGCUGUGAGCUGGCCAGGCCUUCGACUGUGAGAAACUGAGACUAAAAAGCAGAACAAGAGUUAAAGAGUAAAGGGUUUUCAGAUGUGAGUCCAGCCCAGCUUGGGUGUGCUCCCUUUUAUUUGGGAGAAUGGAGAGGACAAUCUUUGUUGCCUCCACCCCUUUAAAAAAGGAAGAAAAUCCAAAAGAAACGUGUGUUGGAGAGAGGAAGAGCUGCUGCCAAGGCGCAGGGCCGUCAGACAGAUCUUCGAAGAACAUCUGCUAACCGCGGGUAACACUGUUUGGACAUCUGGUAACCGAAGGUUACACUGCGUCUCUUCCAUCCUGUCGGGUUUCCUGUUAUGCCUCGCUGUAUACACUCUAAGAAGUUUAGGUUUAUUAUACAUGGUCAUCAGUUGGGGAAAACGCACCUUUAUUCAUUUUUUCUGACAUGAAGGGAGCGCUUGGUUUCAUUGGGGUAUUCCUCUCCGUUCUCUCCGAUACCACUAAUGGACAGUCUACCUUGCCAUUUGCUUGUGGGAAUAAUUCUCACCUUUGUAUGGAAUAUUGCGAAAUCUGUCUUAGUAUUUCUGGUGGACCAACAAUGGAUUGCCUUUCCAUCAUGUUUGAUCAUGUAUGUCUCCUGAAAUUUAACAAUUCGAUGGCAUCACUAAACAACACUGAGUGGUGCAUUUGGCGUAACGUGAGUGGUUUGUAUAGUGACCUAAGCUAUUGCACAGAGGAGAUAUCUGACUGUCUCCUGAUCCCAUGGCCCAACCCUCUGGUGGAAAAGACCUUUGUGGACAUUCACGCAGAGUUUUUCAAGGACUGUCCAACAGAGGAGCUAAGCGACCCAUCACCAUCCAUCGUCUUUGCCCUGGUGAUAACUCCCAUCUGCCUGAUCCCCAUCAUGGUUAGCCUAGUGGUGCUUAAGACCAAGAAUGGGGAUGGCAGCUCCUGAAAAUCCUGAAUUUCUGCUCUGCUCACUGUCACCAAGAAUAUUAUGCUUUUGACCUACCCUCUCCCUCGUAUCUCAACCUGAGGACACAUGUACUGCUGCGCUUUCUUUUCACCAGUGACUUUAGAGAGGACUGAAGGACUAUCAGCCAAAGAGAAAAAUGAAAUCGAGAAGAUGACACUGAUGUAGAGUGAAUGUCAUAAUCUGCAGCAUCACUUUUAUUAUUGCGUUAUUGCGGCUGUUCAAUAACACAUACUUUGAUGUUAGCAGAUACUCACUGUGACGAAAUCUAUGUUAUUCUAAAUUUCUGUACCAUACUGUGACAAAUGUUAUAUUUUCAACCACCUGACUCAAGAUCUGAACCUUUUUAUAUUGGUCACAUUCAAUUUGCACACACUAUUAAAAACACAGAGCUUGAUUUUUAGGGUUUCAGGGUUAUGUUAACAAAAGCUCCAGAGCUUGCAAAAAUAAAGGCAAAAUAUAUUUGUGUUGACACUCCUCAUUAUGUUGGAGAGCAGUUGUGUUGAUAAAAGACAAGAUAUGUUUUAUUGCUGAAUUCUUUUUAUGCAUUUUUUUUUACUACCACUCAAACUAAACACUGCUUUGAGCCAUUAAUUAGACAAUGUACAGUAUGUAUGCCGAGAACAUGUGCAACCUAAAACAUUUUUAUGUCUGAAUUGGAUACAGGUAGGUGUCCAUGUUUGUCUUAUGAAAAGGGUCUUUAUUAUGUGGACAGGGAGGACAGGAAAAUGAGUAAAGUCUGAUGUACAGAUCUGGUUAUGUGAGUCACAGUGUAUGUAAGGUUUGGGGUCAGAGGUUACAGAUGGGACACAAUGAGUGGGUAUGUGUAGAAAAGUAGAUCUUUUUCCUGGUAUUGUCUGUUUCUGAACAUUAAGAAAUCCUUCAGCACUUUCCUCUGUCCAAACAAUGACAAUCCUCAUGAUUAUAUGGUGAGCUAAUUGAAGCAAAGUGGAUCUAACAUCUCCACCCAAUUCAGAAAAAUAGAUAUUGUCUUAUAGUGAUAAACACUGAGCAACGACAAGAAGAUAAAAAUGUUAUCUUCUGCCUGAUCACGAUAAUAUGAUUAUGUUUCAAUCAGUAUUGAAUGACGGUAAAGCCAUGAUAAGUGCUUUCAGAUUGGAAACAAAUUGUGUAUUUAUAUACUGUGUUUUAUUUCUGCCAUUGUCAGGACUUAAUAGACUUACUGUACUGUCUGAGAGAACACAUUCUACCUGCUCUCACACCAUGAACUGUAUGUAUUUUGAUAUACUUUUUUUUAAUAUUUUAUGCAAUUAAAUCUACAGUUGAAAUAUU